UUGGCAGAUCACGUGUUUCAACACAAAGCACCUUACUACAGCACCAGGGAUGGACACAGCAUGCUUAACCACCAAGAAGCUCAAGGUUCUCAUCUUGUUGCUACUCGUCUCUCAUCUGGCCUGUGACGCUCAGGAGGUUGCCAACUGUUGCAGACAGAAAUCCCUCUCCUGCCGUCUUUACGUCCUGCUCUGUCGCCCAGGUAAUGGGACGGGGACAAGGGGACCCCUCACUGAUGACGCAGCCGCUGGAAUCCUCACACUCGGUAAACGGAAAGAAACUGAUGACCGGCGCUUCCAGAGCCGGUUGAGUCAGCUACUCCACGGGUCACGGAAUCAAGCGGAGGGAAUCUUAACGAUGGGGAAGAGGACGGAAGACACAGCAGAACCGCUCACGCGCUUGUUUCCCACUUUAGAGACGGCCCCCACUAACACGGCCCAGUUGGUUUUACAACUACCGUUCAAGUGACUCAUCUGGAAAACAUCAAUGUUGACGCAUCAUUUUUGAGGGACUGCGUCAAACAUGUAUAUAUGAAAACAUGGGUUUUGGGUCAAAUGUUCCUUUAAGAUUGAAUUUGUUUGUGGAGUAGGUGUGUUAGUAAUGUUGUAAAUAUUGUAUAUGAUCUCAUUGGUGUAAUAAAUGUGAUAACGUUCACGUAGCACAGUUGAACUUGCUUCCCUGGUGCCUCUGUAUUUUAGGUGAUGGGGAAAGUAAAUAUGAAGAAAGUGACUGUCAUGAGGGUUGAGUCAUCUAGUUGUGUCUAUGUUAUGGCAUCACAUCACUGGCAUCACAGUCAGACAACCCCAAUAGCCCCAACCAGCCCAAAUCAUCAAUGCCUCAAUCAGCCAUGAGCACGUCUGGAUGGGUAGGUGUGUUUGUUCGAGUGUACGUCCCAGAAAUGAACUUUUCCCAGAAAUACCUUGGUUUCUGUGAAAGCUGGAGGUCUGCUGUAUUUUCCAUCUCUCUUUCAUUCUAACCUGCCCUCCCUCUCCAAACUGACUCCAUGAUUCUUCCUCUUUCACAGCUUUUCUCAU